AGGAGCCGUCAGGCGCCUGCUCACCGCCCUAGGCGCGGGGCUACGAGCGGGUCUGCCUGGGGAAAGUGCAGAUGCCAGGCCGAGGGCGCCUCCCGCUGGCUUCUGGGGAGUGAAGGUGGGCUGCACUGCAGGCUGGCCUCGCCCCAGAAUCCGGGCUGUCCUCUCCUUCCUCCCUUUGAAAGUCUAAGCCACCACAGGCCUCUUUUUCCUUCCUCUGCUUCCUGUUUCCUCUGUUCAGUUAAAUCUAGUCUGGAAAGCAUUCUUUGGCUGCCCCAGUUACUGACCCUUUGCUCAAAGGGAGGGUCCUCUGCCAUGUGGCCCCUCCAGAAGUCUGCCUAUCUGGGCAGCCACUUUUCCCCAACUCAACUCUGCCCAUACCUUGAGGGAGCUGCUGCUGCUGCUGCUGCUGCUGGCAGCUGGAGGGAGAGCAUGCGUUUGAUUAUGGAGCUGGGACUUGCAGAAACAAAUAGGGCCCAGUGUGGUGGUGCACGCCUGUAAUCCCAGCACUCGAGAGGCUGAGGCAGGAGGAUCGCUGUGAGUUCGAAGCCAGGCUGGGCUAUAUACCAAGACCCUGGCCUCCCCUCCAAAAAAAAAAAGGGCCAGGGACGAAGAUCUCUCUGGAAACCCUCCCUCUAUUACGGCUGAAAAAGCUACUGAGAGAGAGAUGCGUUGGAGUCCAACGCCCUGAGUCUCGGACUGCAAGUCUGAAGCACGGGAGGAGGGACUUGAAAAGGCGGGCUGACCCGACCAGCACAGCAGGCGGGGCGGGGCGGAGACCAGGCCGCGGGUGGGGGCCGCCUUUCCGGAGGAGGCUGGGGGCGAGCGGAGGCGGCGAUGGCUGCCCUGCUCCUGUUGUCUGCGCUCUUGCUGCUCCCCUUGCUGCUGCUGAGGCUGCGCCUCUGGCCGCAGCUGCGCUGGUUCGCGGCGGAUUUGGCCUUCGUGGUGCGCGCCAUGCGCUGCAAAAGGGCUCUGCGAGCGCGCGCGCUGGCCGCGGCGGCCGCCGACCCACAGGGUCCCGAGGGUGGCUGCAGCCUGGCCUGGCGCCUGGCACAGCUGGCUCGGCAGCGCCCCGCGCGUACCUUCCUCGUCCAGGGCAAACGGCGCUUCAGCUACGCGGAGGCGGAGCGCGCGAGUAACCGGGCGGCGCGCGCCUUCCUGCGUGCGCGGGGCUGGCGCGCGGGGCCUGCGGAGCGUGGCGGCGGCGGCGGGGCGGCCGGAGGCGCAGCGGCGGCCCCGCUCGCACCCGGGGCGACUGUGGCGCUGCUCCUCCCCUCCAGCCCGGAGUUCCUAUGGCUCUGGUUCGGGCUGGCCAAGGCCGGCCUGCGCGCGGCCUUCGUGCCCACCGCCCUGCGCCGGGGCGCCCUGCUCCACUGCCUCCGAAGCUGCGGCGCGCGCGCGCUGGUGCUGGCGCCAGAGUUCCUGGAAUCGCUGGAGCCAGACCUGCCGGCCCUGAGGGCCUUGGGGCUCCACCUGUGGGCUGCAGGGCUUGAAACCCCCGAGGCUGGAAUCCACGACGUGCUGGCCGAGGCGGCGGCCGAAGCGGAGGAGCCGGUGCCGGGUUGCCUCUCCGCCCCCCGCAGCGUGAUGGACACGUGCCUGUACAUCUUCACCUCCGGCACCACGGGCCUCCCCAAGGCCUCUCGGAUCAGUCAUCUGAAGGUGCUGCAGUGCCAGGGCUUCUACCAGCUGUGUGGCGUCCGCCCGGAAGACGUGAUCUACCUCGCCCUCCCCCUCUACCACAUGUCCGGCUCCCUGCUGGGCAUCGUGGGAUGCUUGGGCAUCGGGGCCACGGUGGUACUGAAGCCCAAGUUCUCCGCCGGCCAGUUCUGGGAGGACUGCCAGCAGCACAGGGUGACAGUGUUCCAGUACAUCGGCGAGCUGUGCCGGUUCCUGGUCAACCAGCCCCCGAACCAGGCGGAACGAGGCCACAAGAUCCGGCUGGCAGUGGGCAGCGGGCUGCGCCCUGAUACCUGGGAGCGUUUCGUGCGGCGCUUUGGGCCCCUGCAGGUGCUGGAGACCUAUGGCCUGACUGAGGGCAACGUGGCCACCUUCAACUACACCCGGCAGCGGGGGGCCGUGGGGCGCGCUUCCUGGCUGUACAGGCACCUCUUCCCCUUCUCUUUGAUCCGCUAUGACGCCGCCACCGGGGAGCCAGUUCGGGAUGUCCAGGGGCGCUGCGUGGCCGCAUCCCCAGGUGAGCCAGGGCUGCUGGUGGCCCCCGUGAGCCAGCAGUCCCCGUUCCUGGGCUACGCGGGGGGCCCGGAGCUGGCCCGGGGGAAGCUCCUGCAGGACGUCUUCCGGCCUGGGGACGUGUUCUUCAACACGGGGGACCUGCUGGUCUGCGAUGACCAAGGCUUCCUGCGCUUCCAUGACCGGACGGGGGACACCUUCAGGUAUCGCCCCGAACUGUCUGGUUCUUUUUCCUGGACACGUGGUCUCCGAGCCAGACCUGACUUCCACUCCCUCGUCUGCCUCCUGCUCAGCCCUCCGGGUCCUCCGAACUCUCCGUCUCUGUCUUCAUGCGCGGUUACUCCCCUCCCCGACCUCAGCUGCUCCCAGCAGGCUCGCAGGCCCUGGCCCCUGGCUCCUGGUUUCAGCCCUCUGCUCUCCGACAGGUGGAAGGGGGAGAAUGUGGCCACAACUGAGGUGGCAGAGAUCCUCGAAGCCCUGGACUUUCUUCAGGAGGUGAACAUCUACGGAGUUCCUGUGCCAGGACACGAAGGCAGGGCUGGAAUGGCAGCCUUGGUUCUGCGUCCGCCGCACGCUUUGGAUCUCGGGCAGCUCUACGCCCACGUGUUUGAGAACUUGCCGCCCUAUGCACGGCCUCGGUUCCUACGGCUUCAGGAGUCUUUGGCCACCACUGAGACCUUCAAACAGCAGAAGGUUCGGAUGGCAAGCGAGGGCUUUGACCCGAGCACACUGUGUGACCCGCUCUACGUCCUGGACCAGACUGCGGGUGCCUACCUGCCCCUCACCCCUGCCCGGUAUAGCGCCCUUCUGGCCGGGGACCUCCGAAUCUGACCCCUUCCAUAGCCAGCACCCAAGGGAGGGCCUUUGAGUGCUGCCGGCCACUGCAGGUAUACCCGGGGCUGUCAGGGACCUUUUAUACAUCGAUUGUCUUUGUUUCAUAAUAAAUGAUGCUGGAGCCAACUUGGCUGACUUUCUGA